CCUUCUCAAACAAAGAUGGCGUCUCGUCUCACUGCGCAUGUGAUAAGUAAACAGCGGCCUCUCAAACUGCGCAUGCCCAAAUUGCAAUAUUCGAAUUUCAAGAUGGCGGGAAGAAUAGAAGACUCAGUCGCCGGUGAGGAAAAUAAAAACAACGGUAAACUACGCGAAAUUGGCGACCAGGCGGCGUGGUCUCUGUCCUCGUGUAAACCAGGCUUUGGUAUCGAGCAGCUGAGGGAUGGUAAUUUGGAGACUUACUGGCAGUCCGACGGGCCACAACCUCAUCUGAUAAACAUACAGUUCAAACGCAAGACAGCCAUACAAAAAAUCUCAAUCUAUGCCGAUUACAAGGCAGAUGAAAGCUAUACCCCAAGCAAAAUUUCAGUUAGAGCCGGCAAUAGCUUCCAUGACUUACAUCAAAUAGAACUUAUCCAAUUGGAUGAGCCAACAGGGUGGCUGACGGUGUCUUUGAAUGAAGGUGACCGUCCAAUAAGGACAUACAUGCUACAGGUGGCAGUUCUUGCCAAUCAUCAGAAUGGGCGUGACACACACAUGAGACAGAUCAAGAUCUUUGCACCACUGUGCGAUGCAGUGAACCCUGAUAUGCCGACAUUUACUUCAGUUGACUGUGCUAUGUAUAGUUGUGUUAGGUGAUGGUCUCGAUCAAGUCACCUUCACAUUGGUGUAUGGCGCUGUUUAUAGUUGUGCUAGGUGAUGAGUGAAGUUUCACCCAAUUUUUUUUUGUGGGACUAGAUGGCUUUGACUUUGGACUGCUGGAAAAAGGUACCCAAUAACAAACAAGUUACUUACAGACAAGAACAGGCCCGUACCCAGGAUUUUUCUUGAAGGGGUGCGAACCCCCCUGGGUACGGGCCUGAAGAAACAUUGAAGUAACACAGGAUUGGAGAAGGGCUGGACCAAGAAAUGCAUCAAAGUAUUGUCAUUAUACUUGUAACCUUUCAGAAGCUUUGCUUAUCGACCAGAACACUCAAAGUGUUCGAGCUGAGGUAAAUGGAGAUGGAGCCACCAUCAUUUCACAGUGAAUGACAGUCAAAAGUUUAUUCCAUAGUUUGUAUAACCCCCUUUUGAGAUUUUGAAGCAAUAUUUGGAUUUAAUUUUAAUUCUAGGUUUUUAAUGCUCAGCUACUAAUCUUAGUUCCUAUUUUGGAAUCACUUUAAGUAUUUUUUUUUCUUUUUAAAAAAAUUAAAACACCCAGGUGGAAAAAGGAAACAAUUUUUUUGCCAAAAACAACUUGUUACCAAGGCGAUUCUACCUCCAAACAAACAGGCCCCAACAACUCAUGGUGGUAAGCAUCAGGCUGGAACUAAAAAUAUAGCAACACUAACAAAACAUGAAAACAUCAAUUUAUUUACACAUAAAAAAAUCAAAUUCUAAAUUUAUUACAUAUUCCUAUAUUCAGUUUUAUCCAGUCACUGCUGUUGUCUAUUCAAAUGUUUAGUUGUAUUUCCUUUAUUCUUUCUGUCACUGGCUCAAGUCUUGUUUUGUCGUCUGUGGUGCUCUCUGCGCUCUCCGGUGUUUUAUCGUCACUUGUACAGGUACAUUCCUCAUUUUGACAGCCACACUUCUUAAGUUCCUUUUCAUAAUGUUGACGUAAGAAUUCCCUAGAUCGCAUAUCAGCCUGACAAAAGAAAUGUUCAGCAUCACACAAGACAAAAUAACAUUUAUUUUUUGUAUGAAAACAGUGUACUGGCUGCUCUAGACUUGAAAUGAAAUGGAAUGGUUGAAAUGGAAAAGGCUCAAUCAGUAAACGAGACAAGAAAUUGCAAAAAAGUUAACUCAUAAGUUAGUUUUCUAUUAAUACCAAAAUUUCCUGAAAAAGAGGAAUUACUUACAUAAAUAAGGAGAGUUAAACAUUUGAAGUGCUUUGUUUGGCUAAUCACAUAAGCCUUUAGUUAUAAACACAAAUUAGAAAUUAUCUUUUUUACAAGUUCACUGUUGUAGCCCUUUACAUAAAAGAGCCCAUUCUCAUAAGUAGCUAGCUCCAAUUACAACAACUUUUAAAUUCAUUAGAUAGUCAAUCCCAAGAGCUAAUAAAUAUUACUUCCUUA